AUGGGCAGCAGUGACGCCCACCCGCCACCGCCGCGGAGGGAGCAGGGUCCCGCCCCCGCCCAACGUCGGCGGGGUUUCUCAGCGCUCACGGGCGGUGGCGGUUGGACUCGCAGGCCGACUUGCCGGAUUUUUACACCUGCAGUAGAACUCAGAGAAAGAGGAAAGAAAGGCAAAGCAGUUCACUUUGCUGAAAUUGAUGGUCCAGCUUCAGACAGGUUGACAGAUAAAAGAUUUGCUUUAAGAGACGACAAGUCACCCAAAGGCUUAGAGAAACGAAGUCAGCAGGGCAAUGUUACACUCCUCGAUGCUAAAUAUGUUGCUUUGCUUUUGCUACAAGAUACUGAGAUGCAGCAUAUCUGUUCUUUUACAACAUUUCUGAGGAAUAAGAAUCUUGACGAUUUCCUCAUGGCAUUGUUGUACUAUUUAUAUUAUUACUUGGAAAAAAUCUCACAGGAAAAGAAACCCAAAAGCUGUGUGGUGGGCCUUGUAGAGAAAAAAGAGAUGGAAUUGAUUAUCAGUAAGUUAGAAGCAGCACAGAAAUACUUGGCACAGAAGUACUGUGUCCUCGUCCUGGGCUUGGGAAUGCCUGAUAAGCAUCACAUGUGCUGCGGAAAGGGGAAAAUAUCAAAUACACAAAAAGACUGGAAAUUCUUUGAGUCCUUUUAUACUUUCUGUACGUAUGUAGCCUGGAUUGUCUUCCGACGUCAACACUUCACAGAGAUUGAGGAAGAAAUAGGGAGGCUCUUUCGUUCCGACAUGUUCAACAUUCCUCGAAGGAAGCGUGAGGAUGAAGAGUCAGGAGGGGAAAAGAAACGCAUGACUUUUGUACAAUUCAGGAGAAUGAUGGCAAAGCGCCCAGCGAUGAAAAAAGCCAUUAACAUGCGCUCUCCAGUCAUGUCUACUCUGCUGCCCUCUCUCAGAGAAAAAGCUCAGAAUAUCUCUGACAAAAAGUACCGCCAAGCAGGCAUGAAAUUCCCAGUCUGGAUGCAAGAGCACAAGGAAAAUCUGGACUCUGUGCACAUGCCAAUAGUUGGCAUCCUGGGGGAGCCUCGAUGUCAGUUCAACCCCCAUACCCUUAUCCCCCUCGAUACAGAGGAAAGCAUGAAGUCUGGGGGACAGUCUUCCAUGAUAGAAAGAAAUAACAUGAGGAUUCAGGAUACACUGGACUCAGUCAUGAGAACGCUGUCCUCUCAAACAACAUUCCCUAAAUAGUCUGUACAUUCCAUCUCUGUAAUUAAUUCCUGUAUUUGAAGUAAACUACUUUGACUUAAUCACUUUA